AUGAUCAUGGCUCCGGCCGUGGAAACGACGUCUUCCUUCCCGCGUUCUCACUCUAGCCCCGAUCUAGAACUUCUCUCGCUAUCAUCCCUCGAUAAAUCCUCCCCAACCCCAUCACCGCACCGCCAGAGCGUUUCCGACCUUCAAUCGAUAUCAAGUUUCGAUCUUCCCACGUUUAAUGUCGAAUUCAACCUUGAUACAACUGUUUUUCUAGGAGGGGAACAGGCUGGCAAGACGGCACCGGUGUCAACCCCUUCAAUCGUUGAAACGAAAGAGGUUCCAGAGGAGCCCUCACGCAUCAGACAUGCCCGAAAAAGAACAAGCUCGCUCAUAGACACCCGCGGUUGGCUAUCAAGCUCCAAGAGCACGACAGAUCUUCACGAAGAACCUCCUCGACCGACGACUUCUGCUGGCGACAAGAAAUUUGGCGAUGGAUCGAUUGGAGACUUGAAACCCCUACAGAGAACGAUGACAAAAUCAGGAUCUUUCGCAAACUUCGCCAAACGGUCAUGGAGACCUUCUCGCUCCCCGUCGCCCAUGAAGAAUGCAGACCCUGCCAAGGAAAACGAAGAGUCAUCUGGGCGUAAUCGAUCCGAGAGUACAACAUCAGUCAAGCUUACAAAGACUCGUAAACGCCCUGGUCUGACCGUCGAGCAGGCAGACAAGAACAAGUCGACUGAUUCACUCAAGUCUGCCGGCCCUAAAGCCUUUUCCCGAGCGAGCGGUUACUUCUCAAAGCUCAAAUCGAAACAAGCGGGCCUGUCAAAGCUCAAUACCAGCACCGACUCCGACAACAGCUGCGCUUCUUCGGCCACAAGCCUUGCAGCACCAGCAUCGAUAAUCGCUGCAGAGGAACGUACGCCGCAAUCUUCCACCUGCGACACAACCUCCGCUACAACUGUGACGGAUGAAUCGUCCAUGGAGAUGCCCCCUCAACAAAGAGAUGUCUUGUGGUCGUCUUUCAAGGCCAUUGACGUGGAUUUCAAAGGAUUCCUUGCCAAGAGCACAGCCCAGCGAAUGUCGCAGGUUCAAACACAGCUUCUCCCAUUCCUGCGAAACACGAUGAAUCAUGAGUCCACCAAGAAGCUUUACCCCGAAGAUGUCGAUCGAAGGGCGACAAUUUUGAACAAGUGGUGGAUUGCAAUCUUGGAAAUGCUGGAUGGUCAGGCGCCCCAGCCUGUCCCUGGUGUUGAUCGCCCGGUCCUUUUCGAUGCCGCGACACUUCUCAUGACGCGACAUGAAUGGCGACAAGCUACAUCGUACUUCCUACCACUUAUCAACCGAUCUCCGGCUGAGCGCGUUCGAGCGCGAUCUCUGACCAACUCUUCCACCUCUUCUGUCACAUCGAGCCAAGCGGCUUUCCUAGAAGAGUCAGCAGAACACAAUGUCAGGACCAUGUUUGUUUCCAAUUUGGUCAAACAAAUGGGUUUUGUAGUUGAAAAGCUUUCGCUCCGUCACGUCCCCGUCAGCCUGGUUAACUUUGCCGGAAAGGCUUGCGCCUACGCAUUUUUCUUCGCGCCUGGCGUUGCAGAUAUUCUGAUCAGACUCUGGGGACUUUCUCCUGAACUCAUUCGACGAGUAGCUGAUGAGCUUGGCCUCCCAAGAAAGAACAAAGGCGAAAGCGACGAUAUUGCAGCUCUGUUCCCUCCAACUAUUGGCGUAUUUGCCUGGACAUCGCCAAAGGGGAUGUGGGAUAGCCUUAAGAAGGUUCCCAGAUUGCCUAUGCUGGUGUCUAGAAUCCCCUGGACAGGUCCCUGGGCAGCUCGCUGGAAAGGCCGAGACACAGAUGUAUUCUUCAUCUUCUGCAAAUAUUUUCAUAUCCUCUCUGAGCAAUUCAUGCCCCCUGGACUGCCCCUGCUCGAAAAGGCUAGGUCUCCUGCAUUUGCUCUUGUUCAAGCUCAGCUUCUUUACGUUUUGGAUACAACGAUUCACCGUCAAUCUCCAAUGGAUGGCGGCUUUAAUCCUGCUGCAAUGGACUCUAUGUCAGGUGCGGAUGCUGCAAUGGCUCUGCCACUCCCUGUCAGUAAUGUUAUGAGAGGCAUGUCCGAGAACCGAUGCAUCAUGCUGUUGAAAGACUUCCUUUCGGAUGAAUCAACUGAGAUCGCUGGUGCUCGUCACACAUUUGCGGAAACCUUUGCAACCAUGAUGAAGGCAGCGACCCGCAAGGUGUCGAAAUACAGCCAUCCUGCUUGUUUCACCCUGUGCGACUUCUUGGAGGAAGUUCUCGUGCUCUAUAGCGAGUUUGAGGAUCCCGACUGCUCGAAUAGCUAUCUUGACUGGGCAUUUUGGUUUGAUGUUUGCCAGAAAGUCAUGAGCUCUUUCAACACCAUGUCUGAGAUUCGAAUGUUAGCCUUAGUCUACUCCAUCUGGGAUGCCAUUUCGAAGGAUCCCGUGCGCAAAUUGGCUGUCUGCAAGGACUGGCUGCUUACCGAGGAGACUUUUAAUGAGUUUUUCAACCAUUGGUGCCCAAUGGUUCGGGCUUACUACCAGCGUUUGCUGUGCUGGCGAAUGUGCCGAGAUACGGGAACGCUGGAUGAAGUUGAUGGUCAAAUCUUCGCUCUUGUAGCUGAGCGACUUCAGACGACGUGGGCUCACUAUCUGCACAUCAAGCAUACUGCCGAACAAGAACAGCGAAUCCCCCCUUCAACUGCUCCAGUGAACCCUGCACCCGGCAAACGGUUCAUGAUCAUUCGCCAAGAGAUUAAUGUUCCUCAGCCUGGACUAUACAUGGGGAGCUUCGAUUCCUUCGCUAAACUUCCUAACAGCGAGACGAGCGUUCUGAAUGGCCUGCCUCCUGACCCGUUGAGGAAUGAUGGAAGAAAACGAUGGUCACUAUUAGGAAAAGUCCUUUCUCUUGGCGGUAAUGCGGGAGCAGGUGCUGGCUGGGACGAUGAUUUCCAGAGUGUCCGCCGUGAGACAGCAGAAUCUCGAUCUUCUAGUGCCGCUCAAACGAAUAGGAACUCUAAUGUUAAUCAUAACAAGGGCCGUCCAUCUGAAGAUGACUCCUUGUAUUCUCAGCCAACUUACGAGGAGCCAAAAUAUGUUUUCAAGUUUAUUCUUGCUUGGCAACAACAGGCAGCACCUCUUCGAGAUCGUUUCCUGACUCGCCCUCGACUUCCCGCCCCAGCACAGACUCGUAUCAGUGGACCUCUACGAGUCAACGGCUUUACUGUGCCAGCGGGAUAUGCAGCGCCAACACGCAAGUUUUCUGGCAGCCCCCAGCAAGGACUCAUCGACAAUGCUAGGAACGCGAAUUCGUUGAGCCCAACUGAUGAGCAAAAUGGUUCUCCAAGUUGGAAGCUUGAGGUUACGCUUCCGAGUCUGAGUGACGAAUCCCCUCGAACUUCCAGCAUCAGGGCUAGCCCCUCUCCUUCACCGUCACCGUCUCCAUCACCGUCACCGUCUCCCAACUCAAACAUGGGCUCUUUCACCGAUGCUGUGGUGGAUCCUAUCAAGCCAACUGGCCUGUACGUUAAGAAUUCCGUCUAUGCUGGACGCUCACUCGCCGAGUGGGCGCAAGUUGUUUUUGAGUGCAACAAUUUCGUUGAACGUCGUCGUGACGAGGGAAUGGAAAACCUUGGCGACGUUGAGAUACCUAUUCUUGGAGUGGAGGGCUUUCGCAAGGUUGGCGGCUAG